AUGCCCUCUAGAGAAGCUGAAAAAUUCAAGUCACCUUGUAGUUCUUCUGGUCUGCACAUGCUUCAAAUGCCCAAGUCAGGACACUCCCAUCUCUUCUCUGGGAAGAAGGCACAAGAUGGACUGCGCAGUCCGACCUCCGGACCUCAACCAAAUCCCACUACGUCGCGUGACAAGAACAAUAAAAACUCUCCGACUUGCUUAUUCUCCCGCCUUUUCAACCCUCAUGAUCCUCCGUCGUCCAUCUAUAGUCAGGGUCAUGUUAGAAUCAGGCCUGUCGUCGCAGAGCCCUACGAUCGUCUGUUUUCGCAGCCAGGAAACGACGAGCAGCCCGGCCCUCCUCCGUCGGAGCAACUGUGGGAAAAUGUCAAUGCUCGGCGCCCAUCCCGCAACGUCCCUGAUACCCGGCCGCUGCGAGCACAACAGGAAGACGCUCAAAUCGCGUCUGGGCAGUUCGAAGUCAACCGCCGCGCGGUUCUGGCUUCGCAGGCUGGACAGGAACUACCUGAGGGUAUGAGCAGGGACUCUAUCCCAAGGUGCACACCUUUAGAGGCAUAUCGAUGCAGCUCUGGUGCUGAUCGAACUUGA